GGCCCACCAAACUUUGUCUGACUUCCGCUGUCAGUGAUGCAAUCAUCUCCAGAUCAGCCAAUUGUAGAGUGGAGACAAUGCAGCUCACUUUGCAUCAGAGAUGUAUAAAAUCAGCCAGUGCUUCCUUUAUUAGCUAUAUCAACAGAAAACAACUUUGACUGUGACAAUGCCUGAAGGCGGAAAGAGUGUUGCAAAGAAGGGCAACAAGAAAGCUUUGCCCAAGAAGUCCAAGGACGGCAGGAAGAGGAGAAAGGCCAGGAAGCAGAGCUAUGCUAUCUACGUCUACAAGGUCCUGAAGCAGGUCCACCCUGACACCGGCAUCUCCUCUAAGGCCAUGAGCAUCAUGAACUCCUUCGUCCAUGACAUCUUUGAGCGCAUCGCUGGUGAGGCCUCCCGUCUGGCUCUCUACAACAAGCGUUGCACCAUCACCUCCAGGGAGAUCCAGACUGCUGUCCGCCUGCUGCUGCCCGGAGAGCUGGCCAAGCACGCCGUGUCUGAGGGUACCAAGGCUGUCACCAAGUACACCAGCUCCAAGUAAACCACAUAUGGAGAAAACUAUAAACCAACGGCUCUUCUAAGAGCCACACACUCUGACUGAAAGAGCAAAUAUUCUACUGGGCUCAUUAUGAUUUAUUUCAUCAUUUGCUUUAUCUUCGAUUAGAACGUAUUAGAGAUCAUAGCAUCAGGCUAUACACAAGAGAAAGGUAAGAAAAAUAAAGAUACCUGAACAUUACUAAGUGGGAUAAAUUUCAUGUUUAAUACAUCAUCUAAAAUGAUGUGUUUGUUUAAAGUGAUGUGUCAUUGAAUUUCUCAAGCCUGUUUUAUUGAUGUAUGAUAUUGUCAUCAUAUCCAGUAGGCAAUGUUUUAUCUUCAAAGUGCUGAAAUGUUUCAGGAGGACAUAUCAGUGUUCUGAAAUUAUUUCAAAUACGUGUCCAUCUUUUAGCAUGUGUUAUUACUAAUUUCCAUGAUUCUCAUGGAUAACUGAUUCAGAUCUUAAAUCUGAAAUUCUGUAUUUUUUCUUUAAAGGCACUGAAUUCCUGAUGCAUUCAGACAGUGAGCAGCAUGUUUUAAACACAAAUUUAACUUCAUCUGGUUAUGAGAAUUGAGCAACAGAUUCCAGACAUUUCACAAAGAAUGAUUUACAGCUUAUAACUGCCGUUGGUGGUUAAACCGCCAUGGCUGGUAAGCAUUUUUCUACUUCUGCUGUUUCACUGGAAGUUCCACCCAUCAUCAUAAGACCCUCAGGAAUCAGAGGAAAGCACAAGAUUAUUAUACUCAAGCAAGAGUACAGUGACUUUGGUUAUAAUUUACUUAUGAAGAAGUAAAGUACUGGAAAAUUAAUUUAAACAAGUUAUUCAUUCAAAAGUUGUUGGCAUAUUAUAAAUGUUGAUAGAAACAUUUGAAAAUAGAUGAGGUUUUUCAUUUAUGGUUCAUUUAAAGUGUUACAAAUGUCAUCUUAUUUUGAAAAUGUAUUAAAAUGUAGACCUAUUUCUUUCAUUUCUCACAAGAUUACAUGACUUUAUUGUGACAGCAACUAUUAACUCAGGUCUGAUAGAUCAACAUCCAUAGCACUCAUUGAAUUGACAGAAGAAAUUUCAAAUUAGACAUGUCUAGUGCCAGUGGAGUGUUUAUUGAUUUAAAAAAAAGCAUAUACCAAUGUGAAUCAUAAAUUAUUACUCUGGAGAGAUGUUAUUAGGAGUGUAGAAAUGAUCUGGAUGAGUAGCUUUUUGAAAAUCAGACAAAGUUGCAAGUUUGUAAGUAUGGGUGAACAUAAGUCUACAUCUGGAGAUUUACUCUGGAGUUCUUCAAGGGCCUGAAAUUGUUCAUACUUUACACAAAUGAUAUUUGCAGGUCAUCAGAAAUAGAAAUACCAAUCUUUAUCUAAAUCACGUGUUAAAAUGAAUAAAUCCGAUUGAAUUUAUCACAGCACAAAUCAUGUGUGAAGCAUGAAAAGCAUUACUCCUGACAGGUAUCCAAAAAAUUCAACAGAGUGUGAAUAUGACAUGAGGGGAAACCAUGAAAAAAAAAUAUCCUUUAAUAACAAUGAAGGUAAGAGUGAUUGGAAACUUAAUUCAAACAAAGCAAACACCUAAUUCAGUUCAUGAAGUUGUAUGAAAAUAAAAUGUUGAAAAGAUAAAAAGAAAAGGAGCGAGUGGGGUAACUUGUUGGAUUUUCUUUUUCUUUGUUUUCCUCUGGUAUGGAUACAGGGUAGAUUAUUAUGUUAGAUACACUAUAUUGCCAAAAGUAUUUGCUCACCUGCCUUGACUCGCAUAUGAAAUUGAUCCCAUUCUUAAUCCAUAGGGUUUAAUA